UUUUUAUGACUUCUUUCUAACAGUAGAACCAGGCCACCUAGAAAACACUGUAAUCAAGCCUGGGAGUUGGUGAGAAGCAAGUGCUACACCGCGAUUCUUCUGCAGGAGGAAAAUGGGCUGUGAUCGCAACUGUGGGCUCAUUGCUGGCGCUGUCAUUGGAGCAGUUCUGGCUGUGUUUGGGGGCGUUCUCAUGCCAGUAGGAGACAUGCUUAUUGAGAAGACAAUCAAAAAGGAAGUUGUCCUUGAAGAAGGAACAAUUGCUUUCAAAAACUGGGUUAAAACUGGCACCAAUGUGUACAGACAGUUUUGGAUCUUUGAUGUGCAAAACCCAGAUGAAGUAGCAAUGAACAGUAGCAAUAUCAAGGUUAAGCAGAGAGGUCCUUACACAUACAGAGUUCGUUAUCUAGCCAAGGAGAAUGUAACGCAGGACCCCGAAGACAACACUGUCUCUUUUGUGCAGCCCAAUGGAGCAAUCUUUGAGCCUUCAAUGUCUGUCGGGACAGAGAAUGACAGCUUCACAGUUCUCAAUCUCGCUGUGGCAGCUGCGCCACACAUCUACCAAAACUCGUUUGUUCAAGUUGUUCUCAAUUCCCUUAUCAAAAAGUCCAAGUCUUCUAUGUUCCAAAGAAGAACUCUUAAAGAACUGUUAUGGGGUUACAAGGAUCCAUUCUUGAGUUUGGUUCCAUAUCCCAUUACUACCACAGUUGGUGUGUUUUAUCCUUACAAUAAUACUGUAGAUGGAAUUUAUAAAGUUUUCAACGGAAAGGAUAACAUAAGCAAAGUUGCCAUAAUUGAUUCCUAUAAAGGGAAAAGGAAUUUGUCCUAUUGGCCAAGUUAUUGCGACAUGAUUAAUGGCACAGAUGCAGCCUCCUUUCCACCUUUUGUUGAGAAGUCUCGGAUACUGAGGUUCUUUUCUUCUGACAUUUGCAGGUCUAUAUAUGCUGUGUUUGGAUCUGAGAUUGACCUCAAAGGAAUCCCCGUGUACAGAUUCAUUCUGCCAGCAAAGGCCUUUGCAUCACCACUAGAGAAUCCAGACAACCACUGUUUCUGCACUGAAAAAGUCAUCUCAAAAAAUUGCACAUCGUAUGGUGUGCUAGACAUUGGCAAAUGCAAAGAAGGAAAGCCUGUAUAUAUUUCCCUUCCACACUUCCUACAUGCAAGUGCUGAUGUUUCAGAGCCAAUUGAAGGCUUACAUCCAAAUGAAGAAGAACAUAAGACAUACUUGGAUGUGGAACCUAUAACUGGAUUCACUCUACAAUUUGCAAAACGACUUCAGGUCAACAUACUGGUCAAGCCAGCCAAAAAAAUAGAAGCAUUAAAGAGUCUGAAGAGACAUUAUGUUGUACCUAUACUUUGGCUCAAUGAGACUGGAACUAUUGGUGAUGAGAAAGCAGAAAUGUUCAGAAGUCAAGUGACUGGAAAAAUAAAGCUACUUGGCCUUGUAGAAAUGGCCUUACUUGGGGUUGGAGUGGUGAUGUUUGUUGCUUUUAUGAUUUCAUACUGUGCGUGCAGAUCCAAGAAUGGAAAAUAAGUAGGAAAUGAGCCUUCAUAUACACACUGGCUACUUCAAGAUCUUUGGUAAAACCAAUCUACAAAAUGAAGACUUAAUAUAUGCUUUGGUUUUACAAAACACACCUAUCUUUAGUUGAAGAAAUGAUGGUGUGUGUGCUGUCUCUCUCUGUGUCUUUCUCUUUCAUUGCAUAUAUAUGCAAUAAGUCACAGCAUAUUUCAAAAAGAUUAAUAUGUCACUUUAGCCUAUGUUUUUUUAAUAAAAUCCAGCACUUUGUAAAGUCCAUCAUUUAUACUCUUGAGUGGACUUCGAUUUCUGUAGAACCAAUUAUUUUUGUUUGGUUCUGAUUUACUGAUUUAUUCCCUGUUAGCAAAUGUCAACAGUGUACAUUCUAGGCAAUUUUUUUCCUCAGUGAAAGAAAAACACUAUCAUGUCUGGGGUGCUCCCUUCAUUCAUAGCAAAUGUACCUUGUGACUGUCAGUACCUAGUAUGUUAGAAGUGUGAAAUGUUUUGAAAUGAAUAAUUGGAAUAUGAGCCAUAGAUUAAAUAUUGUUUAAAUGUUUUCCUCCUUGGAGUCCUUGGCACAGCAAGGUUAGAUAUCACAGAGAUUUGUUGUUGAUGUUUUUUUAAACUUUCUAAUACUGAGCUUAUAUGUUUUGUCCCUUGGUGUGAAAUGGACAUUUUUAGCACACUUUAGAUGUUCAAAUUUUAAGUGUGUUGUCAUGUUUCAUGUUGCAUAGCUCUUCUAGAAACUGAAUAGGUUUUUCUCUUUCAGCUCAGCUGCAACUAAUUCAACCUCAGAGAGCUCUGAUAGUAUUAAGAGAUCUAAAUUAUAACAAAGGAAUUAUUUUAUGGAAUAUUACAAAUCCUAGAAUGAGCUUUAAAAUGUAUUUGUGGUAAUAUCUUCUGCUUUCACAUUCACCUAAAAAGGACUGUUUCUAACAUUAAAAGAUGUUACUUAAGUUUAAAA